AGCGCGCGAGAGGAAGUGCCAGCGCGAGGGUGCGUGAGGCGGCGCGGCCGGCGGCCGCCGCGUGCGCGAGCCGGGUUGCAGCCCAGCAGGGACUUUCCAGCCGGCGGCGGCGGCCGCCGGCCCUUCCCCGCCCCCCGACAUGGGGCUGCCCGGGGAGCUGGACGCUGCAGACGACGGCGGAGGAUGCGCGCGGCGCCCCUGAGCCGGCCGAGCGGGCGGGCCGCGGGAUGAAUGACUGAUUCAUAGUCGGAGAGCUGCAGAGAGGCUGGAAGGCAGGCCGUUCUGGGAUCCAGCUGGGGUCGAAUGCACACCUUCCACCUUCGAUUAACACCAAAGAUGAAGAAACUGAGGCCCAAAGAAGUAUUCCACUUGAUUGGGAUCCCAGAAUAGAUCAGAACCAGGUCCACUAUCAGAAACCUGCUCCUGGCUCCUGGCUGUCUGAUCCCCUGAGGUUCAUUUCUGACAGACAAGGUACAAGAUCCCCAUUACUUGAAGGGUAAGGUUGGCACUGCUCAACGUCUUGUGGAAGCUUCUCCUUCACUCCUAGCCUCCCCGAACCUCCUUACAGCAUAUGACACAGAAUUUCUUUUUCCUAAGAUGGAGUCAAGCAAAAAGCUGGAUGCUGCUGGAGCCCUGCAGCCCAACCCACCUCUCAAACUGCAGCCUGAUCGCAGUGCAGGGUCAGUGCUCGUGCCAGAGCAAGGCGGCUACAAGGAGAAGUUUGUGAAGGCAGUGGAAGACAAGUAUAAGUGUGAGAAGUGCCGCCUGGUGCUGUGCAACCCGAAGCAGACUGAGUGUGGGCACCGGUUUUGUGAGAGCUGCAUGGCUGCCCUGCUCAGCUCCUCUAGUCCAAAAUGUACAGCGUGCCAAGAAAGCAUCAUCAAAGACAAGGUGUUUAAAGAUAAUUGCUGUAAGAGAGAGAUCCUGGCCCUUCAGAUCUACUGUCGGAAUGAAGGCAGAGGUUGUGCAGAGCAGCUGACUCUGGGGCAUCUGCUGGUGCACCUAAAAAAUGAAUGCCAGUUUGAGGAGCUUCCCUGUCUUCGUGCCGACUGCAAAGAAAAAGUAUUGAGGAAAGACUUGCGGGACCAUGUGGAAAAGGCCUGUAAAUACCGAGAGGCCACAUGCAAUCACUGCAAGAGUCAAGUUCCCAUGAUCACACUGCAGAAACACGAAGACAAUGAUUGUCCCUGUGUGGUGGUGUCUUGCCCUCAUAAGUGCAGCGUCCAGACUCUUCUGAGAAGUGAGUUGAGUGCACACUUGUCAGAGUGUGUCAAUGCCCCCAGCACCUGUAGUUUUAAGCGCUAUGGCUGCGUUUUUCAGGGUACAAACCAGCAGAUCAAGGCCCAUGAGGCCAGCUCCGCAGUACAGCAUGUGAAUCUGCUGAAGGAGUGGAGCAACUCCCUGGAGAAGAAGGUUUCCUUGCUGCAGAAUGAAAGCGUUGAAAAAAACAAAAGCAUACAAAGUUUGCACAAUCAGAUAUGUAGCUUUGAAAUUGAAAUUGAGAGACAAAAGGAGAUGCUUCGAAACAAUGAAUCCAAAAUCCUUCAUUUGCAGCGAGUAAUAGACAGCCAAGCAGAGAAACUGAAAGAACUCGACAAGGAGAUCCGGCCCUUCCGGCAGAACUGGGAGGAAGCAGACAGCAUGAAGAGCAGUGUGGAGUCCCUUCAGAACCGCGUGACGGAGCUGGAAAGCGUGGACAAGAGUGCAGGGCAGGCGGCUCGCAACACAGGCCUGCUGGAGUCCCAGCUGAGCCGGCAUGACCAGAUGCUGAGUGUUCAUGACAUCCGCUUGGCCGACAUGGACCUGCGGUUCCAAGUCCUCGAGACCGCCAGCUACAAUGGUGUGCUGAUCUGGAAGAUCCGUGACUACAAGCGCCGGAAGCAGGAGGCUGUCAUGGGGAAGACCCUGUCCCUCUACAGCCAGCCUUUCUACACAGGCUAUUUUGGCUAUAAGAUGUGUGCCAGGGUCUACCUGAACGGGGACGGAAUGGGGAAAGGGACACACUUGUCCCUUUUUUUUGUCAUUAUGCGUGGAGAAUAUGAUGCUUUGUUGCCGUGGCCAUUCAAGCAGAAAGUGACACUCAUGCUGAUGGAUCAGGGGUCCUCUCGACGUCAUCUGGGAGAUGCAUUCAAGCCUGAUCCCAACAGCAGCAGCUUCAAGAAACCCACUGGAGAGAUGAAUAUCGCCUCUGGCUGCCCAGUCUUUGUCGCCCAAACUGUUCUAGAGAAUGGGACGUAUAUUAAAGAUGAUACGAUUUUUAUUAAAGUCAUAGUGGAUACUUCGGAUCUGCCUGACCCCUGACAAGUAACUGGGGAGGUGGAUUCAGCAGAAGGUAACUCCUCUGGGGGGUUGAAGCGGUCUGUCUUCACGAAGGUCCUCGCCCUCAGGAAGGACCGUGUGGAACAGGGUAAGCAGCCGGAGGAGGAAGGAGGAUGCGUGGCUGGCAGGAGGAGCCACACGUGAAAACAGACCCCAACGGAUUUUCUAAUAGACUAGCCACACUCACUCUGAAGAAUUAUUUAUCCUUCAACAAGAUAAAUAUUGCUAUCAGAGAAGGUUUUCAUUUUCAUUUUUAAAGAUCUAGUUAAUUAAGGUGGAAACAUAUAUGCUAAAAAGAAACAUGAUUUUUCUUCCUUAACUUGAACACCAAAAAAGAAAACACACGUGGAGGUAGCAGGACAUGUCAGCAUGUUAAUUUAAAAGGAGAACUUAUGAAAUAAUAAUACAGUUCUGAUAUAUUCAUCCUAAAAUUCAAGAGUGCAAUCUUGUUUCAAAUAUAGUAUACUGUCUAUUUUUAAGGCCUCAUCUGGUCUCUGUUUUAAUAAUUUGUUUGUCAGAAGGCCCUGAGUAGACAUAAAGUCUCUAAAUUCAGAAGUCAUUUUUAAUUUAAAGUUCUAUAAGUAAUUGUUACUGCAACAUUUUGUUUUCAAACGUUGAUAGACUGAUAUUUCUUGGAAGAAAAUGUAAAAUAUCAAACACUGGUUAUCACUUGUGAUAGGAAAGAGAAUAUUCAACCUGUUGUUAUUUCUCGUUAGAAAUGUAACCCUUCAAUAUCUGUCGUAGUUAGUGACACUACUUCACAAUGACUAUGAGAGGGACAAUGCUCAUGGAUGCUGUGCAUCAUUUCAGACUUUAAAUUGUUUUCACCCUAAAAUAGGGCAUUAGUUGAACUUUGGAGUUCUAAACAAAAUCCUGUAGGUUUUUAAAAUUCUGCCCCAUGUUUAGACAAGCUCUCUGUUGCUGACAGCGCCAGCCUUGGCCUCCAGUGUCCAGUGUACAAGGAUAGGCAGGCAACCUGGCUGCAGGAGGCCCCAGCAAGCGUUUCUCAUCCUGUCAUAGUGCUGCAUUCAGAUAAUGAUCUCCGAAAGCAACGUCCGUGCUCAGAGAUGGUGGCAUACGGUACAUGUGCCUUAGAUGUGACAUGCUGCUUCUUGUCCCUGGGUUUGCGCUCACCAUGAUUCUAGAAGGUAAUAGUUUAACCAGAUCUUUCUCUCUCCACCACCAGACCUUUGUCUCUCCCAGGGCCCUCAGACAACUCCAAACCUGCCUGGGGAAGGCAGGCCUCCAUUGGCAGCUUCUGGAGGCUCUGCUGCUAAAUAUUCACAGAUUCCAGUUCUAGGUCCCCAAGAGCAGCUCAGUCCCACCCCAAGGGAAGGAGGCGUGCCACGCCCUUCCAGGUCUGCACAAGGGCCCUGAAAACCCCCACAGCAUGAAGGAGAAACCACCCUACCCUAAGCAUUCCCAAGACCGGACCACUGGUCUAGGGGCCUGCGCAGGCUGGCCAACAGCGGCCCUGGCCUCCCUGUUAGCAGGCUGGCCAGCUGAUGCCCAGCCUGCCCUGUCCAGAUGGCACUCUAGCUCUCACUGUUUACGUCUCUCGAUGGUCCAACUGUGAUAGAAGCCUGGAGCCCUGCCCCGGUGCCCCUUUUGCUAUGCACCACACUUCAUGGUGCUCUCACACUGAUGGGUGCUACACGCGACGGGUGCUUCUUAGGCAAAACCAAUGUGUGUGAACCACCACAUCUGUGCCACUUGCCCAAAAGGCGCGCCCACGAUUGGCCAACUGGGCCCGCGCUUCAGACUGCCUGCCUCUGGGCUCUCCCCAUGGUCGCGCGGGGACAGCUGGGUUGGUGCCCGAUGGCCUACCUUGUCUCUGGUGCUGCCAUCUGUCCUGGGUGUGCCUUUGUCCCAGUGCCUGCUGGAAGUGCCCUCCUCCUGCACACCUGUCCCCGUGCUUCCUCGAGCGACCUCCUGGUCUCCAGCACUUGCCCUGCCCUUCCAUGCUGAAACAUUGGUUCUUUCACCUGCUGCUCCUUUCUCCACUCUCCUGGGAUCGCUUUGGGGUAAGUCAGUGGAAAGACUGCAGAGCCCAGGCCCUCUCAGAGGUGCCGUCUUCUUCCUCCAGGCCUGUCCCCCAGGGUUCUUCCCCAAAGACCUGGCUGGAGUUGAGAGGACUACCUGGAAGUCCUUAGCUGGCCUCAGGUAGCUUUUCCAUGGCCAGGUAUCAGCAACAGGGAUACCCCUGCAGCACCCCCUUUGAAGAAGUCAGUGCAGUGCCAAUAGAUGCCAGUAACAUCAUGGGGCUAAUUAGAUCACAUCUUUAGGUUUAGACCCUGGUAUGAGGGUGACCUUGAGGUAUCCUCAAGUAUUCCCUCCCUGUUAGUGAGACUUACAAGACUCUUCCUAUGUGAUGUGGGCCCUCCUGGCCUCUUCUAGGUACCUCCAGGAUGUGAGUAAACCAACUAAGUAACUGUUGUCCCUGGGAUGAGGGUCCAGCAUGUCACAGCUUCCUGUAGUGUGUCUCUUGCAUUUCUUGGUAACAGUAGAAUAGUGGCAAGCUCAUACCCUUGUGCCCUGUCUCUUAAUGUGUGAAGGACGUGCUGCGACACGUCUCCUGGGAGGUGUGGAACAGGUCACACCCUGCCUGGGUGUGCCUUGCUCUGCUCUGUCUCAGCAUUCCUUGGUGCCCCUUUGGUGCUCACCACCUGGGCCAGUUUGGGGCUGUGGGCUCAGCAUAACUGAGGCCCUGUUGCCAGUUCUGGCAGCCAGCCCUCACCAUUUCACAGGGUCCUGGCCACGAGAAACACAGGGUGGUCAUGCAGUGCGUGUACCUAGCUGUGCAAAAGUGUCAAUUGCUCAUCCUUUAAAGGAACAUUUGUUCCAUGGCCUCCAUGAGGAAAUUGGACAUAACUCCCAUAACUCCUGCUUGCCUUGGGCUGUGUCCGUUACCUGCUCAAAACUGCCCCUGGGAGGAUGCAGGCCAUUUAGUGUCAGUGUAUCCUGAAGCCUAAACCGUGACUUUUGGGGGUAGCUGGAAGCCUCUGUUAGUAACAGCCCAGGAGCAGACCGGGAUUGCCUUCCUUGGUCGGGAAGAAAGGUAGCCCAAAGGGCCCUGGUUGGGCCUCUCUUACUUCUUGGGGACAGACAGACCCGACCAAGGCCAUGUAACAUGCCAGGCUGUGGAUGAGACUGCAGAGUGUGUGAUGGGCUCAUGGAGGAGAGCAGCACCCGCACCCCAGCCCACCCAGCUCCGUUUCUGUAGAACACAUGCUCAGCAUUUGAAGAAGCAAAGGGCUGUUGAGAGGGCCUGCACCUCAGUCCACAUCCAUCUCCCCUUCUUGGAGUAGCCCAUGCACAGAUGCACCGUGUCCCUAAGACAGCACAGCAGUCAGCUGAGGGAGGUGACUGCCAUCCUGCCUCCUUUUCUUUAUCUUUCUUUCUCCAUUUCCUCCAAGGACUGGUACUCCAGGGAGCCAGGCAUGAAGCACUGUGGCUUUGCUUCCUGGGCAGCCUCCAGCAGGGUCUUCAAACCCACCAGCACCAGAUCCCCUUUGAAUUGGCUUAAUCUGACUAUCUGUGGUCACUUCAUAAGGACCUAGAGGUCAGAUACAGUCCCUUGUGGGUAGCUGGCCACCUUCCCAUACCUCGUUAGUGCCCCAGAGUCCCACCUGGAGUUGGGACCUGACAUUAAUGCUCUAACUGAGCAGUACAUGGUAGCAGCCGCCCAUGGCAGGCCUGACAACUGGCGGACUGCGUCCAGCAAAAGAGAGGUGGUCUGGGCAUGCCACGCAGCAGGGUUCCUGGGUGGAUUACUCCUGCCAGCCCAAGAGGAGACCAGGGGCAGUGCCAGUACCAUAGAAUGGCCCUUGUCUCUUCUUUCCCCCUGCACACUGCCACGCAUUGCAGGGACUACUGCACUUUGUACCUGGCCAAGACAUUUCCCAGCUGACAGGUGACAGGGCGGGUCAGUCCCUACCCUUCUGUACAUCCCUCUGCCUGGGACCAUCAGUGGAUAGAGAAUGACUUGGUGGAGCUUAGGGUACUUUUUCUUUAUUUCUUUUUUACUUUCAAUCCAGCCUUUUCCUGACUAGACUGCAGGAGAGCUAGUGUGAGUUCCAGGCAUGCCAUGGUUUCUGAGUGUGUGUAACAAAUGAGGGUGUGCCCCCAAAUCUCAGACUAAGAUCACGGUUUUGUCUUCCGCUUGCAAAUACAUAGCAGCUGUUUUCUCCAAACUAGAAUGUAUCCACAGGGCCUGGGGCAGGUGAGGUGAUAGUUGGCAAGUGACCCAGCCGUCAUUAACUGCCCCACUCCAGCUGGUGCUGGUUGCCAUGGGCACCCUGGCAUCAGGGAGCCAGGCCAGCAGCCCGUCCCAAAGGCCUGAACAUAUCCCAGCCUGUUGUCCACUUGGAGGGUUCCCUGCACCGUUGCAUGGCAGUUGGGCAUGACCUUACACCAAGGCAGCCAUACAGCUAAGCAGGCCCAAGCAACCAAGCAGAAUGACUCAUUUCCCUUGCCACACCAUGUCUGGAGUCUUUCUUGUGAGGUCACUAUGGAAAGGAGGUAACAAGCCCAGGGUUACUGUGUCACCCCAUAGUCAGUGGUGACUGGCGUACACAUUUAGUCAGGUAACAUAACCUUCAAAGGCAAAUCAAUGACCUAAUUGGAAAACACAAAAGCUGGCCUUCCUUUCAAAGAUUUCCCCAAGAAUCUGUAGGCGCUGACUGAGGAAGUGGGGGUCAGUGCAGACUGUUGUGGAGUUGCAUUCUUUUCUCUGAUGGCACGCCUCUUGUGUUCAGUUCUUUUACCCAGAAACAAAGACCAAAGAAGGUCAAUCUCUCAUUUGACUGUAUUUUUUAAUCUGACUGUUGACACUUGUGUCUGUAGUAACCGCUGGCUGUGAGGCCCCAUCUUGACAGUCCAAGUGAUUGUGACCAGUGAUUAGUCCCGUGUUCUUCCACUCUUCUAAGAAACCGAGACAGUGUGCAUUAUUGCUCAGCAAUAAUCCUGUCCCUAGGAGUUAGCAACACGUCUCAUUUCCUGAUAGCAUUAUGAUGUUUCAGAUUCUGUUUACUGUAUGUUAAAUGUGGUUUCAUUUGGUAUUUAUUUGUGUUUUGAGGUCUUGCGAUGUUUCUGUUCUGCUGCUAAUAAUAAAGUUUGUAAGACUGUAGAAUGCAAAAUUUUGCAAUGCUAAAGUGUCUAUUAGAGGAAAAUAAAGCUGAUUUAAGAGUC